CGAGGGGAGAGGCCCCGCCUGCGGGCGGUGCCGCGGGCAGACCCGGCCCCGGGCGCGGCCCCGCUCCCGCCUCCGUCCCGCUUCAUCGCGUUCGGCUGCUCCGCGCCGCGCCGGAGGCACCAAGAUGGCUGUCCUCUCAAAGGAGUACGGCUACGUCAUCCUGACAGGGGCUGCCAGCUUCAUCUUGGUCACGCACCUUGCGGUGAAAGUGGCCAAGGCCCGCAAGAAGUACAAUGUGGAGUAUCCAACCAUGUACAGCACAGACCCUGAACACGGACAUAUGUUCAACUGCAUCCAGCGUGCACACCAGAACACAUUAGAAGUUUACCCUGCCUUCCUGUUCUUCUUAGCCACUGGCGGAGCCUACCACCCGCGGAUUGCCACAGGGCUUGGCAUCACCUGGAUCCUUGGGAGAAUCCUCUAUGCCUAUGGCUACUACACAGGAGACCCAAAAAACCGAAGGAGAGGCGCCAUUGGUUCAGCUGCGCUCAUUGGGCUGGUGGGCACAGGCGUGUGCUCAGCUUGCCAGCACCUCGGCUGGAGCUGCCGGGACUAACUGACCAUCACAACAGUUGCCUGGGAAACUAAAGCGAUUUUCGUUUUGUUUUCAUUUCCUAUCUGUGUGUUGGGUUUUUUUUCCCCUCAAUGUAAUAAAAUGAAGUUGUCAGUUCUGUA